AUGGCCGACGCUAAAGGCCUGCUCGACUUAGUGGUAGUGGGCGCCGGAUGGCAUGGCAUCGCUGCAGCCAAAACAUACAUUCAGCUCCAUCCAGACCACAAAGUCAUCGUCCUUGAAGCUGAAAAUACCUGCGGGGGUACGUGGUGUGAAGACCGACUCUACCCAGGGCUGAAGUCAAACAAUAUGGUCGGAUCGUACGAGUAUCCCGACUAUCCUAUGAAUGAAAAGAUCUACGGCGUGAAGGACAACGACCAUAUCCCAGCUGCAACUUUGCAUCAGUAUCUUACCGACUACGCCAGACAAUUCGGUGUGCUCUCCCAAAUUUCCUUCAACACACCAGUGCAGUCAAUUGAGCCGAUUGAAUGCACUGGCUGGAAAGUUACCGCACGGAGGGAAGGCACCGACGACGACUACAUUCUCCACACGAGAAAUAUCAUUAUGGCCACCGGGCUCACCUCCCAACCUAAUAUGUUGACAUUCCCUGGACAAGAAAACUUCAACGCCCCCCCUGACUUCUGUCGGAAAGCCACCGCCACCAAGACCGCGAAGAAUGUGACCGUCGUGGGCGGGGCAAAAUCGGCAUACGAUAUUGCCUAUGCCUUUGCCCAGGAGGGAGCCCAGGUGAACUUGAUCAUUCGACCCAAUGGCAAUGGCCCCGUAUGGCUUGCUCCGCCAUUCGUCAGCCCCCUGAAGCGCAAGGUCGAGGAGCUGCUACAUACACGCAUCUUGACCUGGUUCAGCCCCUGUCCGUGGGGUGAUCAGGAUGGUUUCUCCUCCAUCCGCCAAUUUCUUCACAAAACAGCUAUCGGUCGAUGGCUUGUGCAUAACUUUUGGCAUUUGCUUGGCUCCGAUGUCAUUGCGAGAAAUGAGUAUGAUGCGCACCCUGAGACCCGGAAACUUAAACCAUGGUCUUCGCCCUUUUGGGUUGCUAGCGGGUUGAGUAUCCACAACUACAAAACCAAUUUCUUUGACUUGGUGAAAAAUGGCUCUAUUCAUGUUUAUGAGGCUGAGAUUGACAAACUGAGCGAGAAAACUGUCCAUCUGUCCACGGGCGAGUCACUGGCCACGGACGCACUGAUCUGUGCUACUGGCUGGAAGAAAAGCUCCUCGGUGAAAUUCCUGAACUGCGAUCUGGGUAUCCCAGGUACCGAUGAUGAGAAAUCAGCCAUGUUUGAGGAAGCAGACAAAAAGGUGCUAGAGGAGUUUCCAGACCUCGCAUCGCAGCCGAGUCUCCGGUACAAACCAGGGAAGUCUGACCCACUCCGACUAUACAGAUUCAUGGUCCCCACCGCCGCAUAUGAAAAACGGAACAUUGCCUUCGCAGGUGCGGUCUCAACUGUGAGUACCUCGACAUGUGCUAGCAUCCAAGGACUUUGGAUAUCUGCCUUCUUUGACGGCCAGUUGAAUCGCACCGCUGCCAACACCGAAGAGGCAGUUCAGGAAGCUGUCCUGCACUCUCAAUGGGGGAUUUGGCGCUACCCGUGUGGCUACAGUCGGACGCUUCCGGAUAUUGCUUUUGACGUUCUACCUUACUUCGACUUGAUGGUUCGGGACUUGGGUUUGAAGCAUCAUCGGAAAGCAAGUCCAUGGGCGGAGCUUGUGGAGCCUUACAAGCCGAAGAAUUACGCGUCGCUUGUCGAGGAGUGGAAGGCAUCUAACUUGAGUGUGUAA